ACACUUCGGCUCUUGACAACAUGACGCUUGAUGACAGUCACAACAACACGUGCAGAUCCUGCAGAUGAGAUGACAGCUCUUAAUGUCACUUUAACAGCAAAUAUUACAGCUUAACUGCAAAUAAAACCGGAUAAGAUGCGGGAACCGAGUGUCACGCGACUCAUGUCACACAGCUGAAACAAAAUGACGUUGCAGUGGACUGCGGUUGCUUCUUUCCUGUAUUUGGAAAUUGGUGUUCUUGUCAUCUUCUGUCUCCCUUUCAUCUCUCCGCAAAGAUGGCAGAGAAUUUUCAAAUGGAGCAUCUGGAGCCGUCUUUCCCAGUUCUGGAACAAGGGCUUUCUCACCAUGAUCAUAAUCCUCAUUGUUCUCUUUCUUGACGCCCUGCGGGAGGUGAGGAAGUACUCGAACGCUGACCAAGCCAAAGACGCCAAACUGCACCCCAACAUGUUUGACCACAUGCACAUGAAGCUCUUCCGAGCCCAGAGGAACCUCUACAUCUCUGGCUUCUCGCUCUUCCUGUGGCUUGUCAUGAGGAGAGUCAUCACUCUGAUUAACCAGUUGGCCGUGGCCAUCGGCACCAGUGUCGCUCUGCAGACUCAGGCUGAAAGCGCCAACAAAGCUGCCAAGAAAUACAUGGAGGACAAUGAGAUGCUCAAAGAGGCACUAACGGAUCCUAAAGGAGAAGGAGGGAAGAAACAAGAUAUAGAAGAGAACAAACUCCUGAAGAAAGAGGUGCAGAGACUGACAGAGGAGCUGAAGAGCAGCACAGAUGCUCUGAAAAAGUCCAAGUCCGAUUUAGAUGCCAUGAAGAAACAAACCGAAGGGCUAACCAAAGAAUAUGACCGUCUCCUUCAAGAGCACCAGAAGAUUCAGAAUCAGCUGGACAGUGGAGACAAAAAAGAUGACUAGGCAAGUGGACACAAUGGAAACCUGUAUGAUAAUCAUAAUUAUGCUGAGCUCCUCCCACAUACACUUACCUGGUAGCAUGACAUAAAAACUGUUCUGAGUUCUCAGUUCUCAGUUCUGAACCACUCAUGAUGAUGACAUCACAUCCUGUCAGGUUACCUGCUCACCACACAUUUGAUGUAGCGGUUUGGCUUUGAUAUACAUCCCUAUUGUUUUGAUGUUCUAGCUGAUGCGGGGCAGUGCUGUUUUUUUUUUAAAUAGUCUCCAAAUAACUGUAUCUGCGCACAUUUUAUUGAUGUGUUUACAGGAAACUGUAAAUAAGCCGUAUUAGACUGAUGCUUGCAUGUUGCAUUGAUUUACCUCAUGUUGCUUUCCUUCUCCGUUCUGCUUGAUUCUCUUGAAAGUGCAUAUUGAACCAGACUGUCGUGCAACAUCCAGAAACUUCACACAAAGUCAUAGUAGCUGUAAUAUUAGUACUUUUCACAGCAAUAUCUCCAUUCAUAUUUUCCAAAAACAAGUCCGGUAACACAGUCCAUCAGAUUGCAAAUGGAAGCGUGUCUAAGAUCACAUACAUUACAGGCUGCGUUAGUCAUUUAAAUCAACUUUAAUUAAGAAGAAUAAAACCGUAUACACAUAAACAACAGAUAAUAAUAAUAAUAAUAAUAAUAAGUAAACACGUCACAGUGAGACCAUUUCCGGGCCGAGCAAACAGUCUGUUAGUGAGCGGUUAGUGUGUUUGGAGAGGUAGGUCAAUUACACCUGAGUUCAAUUACUGUUAGUUGUUAAACAAAUGCAGACACCAGAUAUGAAGAUUUCGCAGUCCAAUAGAUAUUUCGAUAAUUUCUCAAUUUUGAGUCCAUUUGAGGUAGCUCUGUUUCUGUGCUGUUGAUGCUUAAGAAUUAAAUCUUAUAAAACAUGUCCAGGCUACAUUUCACCCCAAAAUCGAAGGAAAGAAACUAUGUAUUGUGGAGCGAAAAUUAAAACAUUUAGAUUUUUUUUUUUUGUCUUAAUUAAAGGAUUCACUUCAGAAUUCAAAUUUCCUGAUAAUUUACUCACCCCCAUGUCAUCCAAGAUAUUUAUGUCUUUCUUUCAUCAGUCAAAAAGAAAUUAAGGUUUUUGAGGAAAACGUUCCAGGAUUUUUCUUCAAUGGGGUUGAAGGUCCAAAUGUCAGUUUCAGUGCAGCUUCAAAGGGCUCUACAUGAUCCCAGACGAGGAAUAAGGGUCUUAUCCAGCGAAAUGAUCAGUCAUUUUCUAAAAAUUAAAAAUGAUAAACUUUUUAACCACAAAUGCUCGUCUUGCACUAGCUCUGCGAUGCGCCACGCAUUACGUAAUCACGCGUGACGUAGGCGGAAGUACCGCCUAAUUUUCUCCUCCAACUUCAUAAUCGUCAGACAUCAUUGUUUUACCUUUUUUUGUAAAGGCCAUUUGACUCUUUGCACGUUUGCUUUGUAAACACUGGGUCGGUACUUCCACCUAUGUCACGCGUGACCUUUCCAACAUGAUUACGUAAUGCGUGGCGCAUUUUUUUAAGAAAAUGACCGAUCGUUUCACUAGAUAAGACCCUUAUUCCUCGUCUAGGAUCGUGUAGAGCUCUUUGAAGCUGCACUGAAACUGACAUUUGGACCAUCAACCUGUUGGUCCCCAUUGAAGUCCACUAUAUGGAGAAAACCAUUUCUUUUCGACUGAAGAAAGAGAGACAUAAACAUCUUGGAUGACAUGGGGGUGAGUAAAUUAUCAGGAAAUUUGAAUUCUGAAGUGAACUAAUCCUUUAAGCACAUUUUCCCUUAAGUUUUUAAGGGAAACAAUAUGUAAUACAUUGAUUUGAGUAAUGCAGUUGUCUAAUCUAAUGAGGAUUAGAUUAAAAAACCUACUGUAAUGGGGAUUAUUUUCUUUAUGCAAAAUAACUUGCAUUUUUUUUUCUUUUGAUUUUAGGAUUAAAUCUGACCUGGACAUGUUUUGGUGCAAUAAUUUACUCUGUUUUUGAUGAAGUCUGAAUGUUUUAUUUCAUUGUUCACCUAUUCUAGUCGCAGAACAACCACCAACAUGUCACAAUUAAAACAUUUAGACUUAAGGGAAGAUUAAAAGACUGUGAAAAUUAUCCUGCGCUGUGAGACAGAAAAAAAAAUGAGAAUAAAUUUAAUUUACGAAGAAUAAGUCAUCACCCACUGUGUGGGUGUUGAAAAGCAUGCUGUUGAUACGUUGCUCCGUUUAUGAUGCACAAAUCUUCCACGCUCACUUCCUUUCCCUCGCCUAUCGGACGCUAUGGCGGAAAACUGUUUGUCUGAUGCGACCCGUCUAAUCCUGAGCAGCACUUGAGAGGGAGAGGAGACAGGAAAGUUAGAAAAAUACCUAAAAUUGCUAUGCAAGUCUUUAAUUAGAAAUGUUAUUUAUAGAUUGUAUAGUUGGCUGAUUUCUGACUUCGUUCCAAAGAUUGGGAAAUGGUCUGAAAUGUCUUAAAAGAGGGAUUGUUUAUGCCUUACGGUAUCUUCCUGUCAAAUGUGGUCAAAUAUAGCUUUUUUUUUAAUAAUAAUCUUGUAAUAUUCUUCUAAUGGGUGCAAAAUCACCUGCUUAAGUGCCUCAGUGAGUUGUUUACGUUUUGCUGUGAUUGUAUUUUCACGAUUAAAGCGACAAACGGUACUGUUGUCAUUGA